UUUGUGUGUGUGUGUUCGCGUCCGUGUGUUCGUGCUCGAGUGUCAGGUGGCCGCGUUGGCCUCCCGAAACGAACGAACCCCGUGUCAAAACCGCCAUCGUCGUGGCACCGUGUCGAUAUUCUUCGGGCGCGCCUCGAGUCGGAGCAGACACGUCUUGUUAUCGGGGACGAGAGUGCAGUCGCUGCAGUUGCCGAACCAGACUUGUUGUGAGCGUGACAGACUCAACGACGGCGACCACGGGUGUGCCGGCGACAAGGCAUGGAGCAGCAACCGGAUGCGGACUACAUCAAGAUGUUCGUGGGCCAGCUGCCGCGGUCCAUGGACGAGGCGGACCUCACCAGGCUGUUCGAAGAGUUCGGUCGAGUGCACCAAAUCAACGUCCUCAGGGACAAGGUCACGGGGCAGAGUAAAGGAUGCUGUUUCGUCACGUUCUACACCCGGAAGGCGGCUCUGCAGGCUCAGGACGCCCUCCACAACAUCAGGACGCUGGCAGGGAUGCAUCACCCGAUCCAGAUGAAGCCGGCGGACAGCGAGAACAGAAAUGAGAGAAAGUUGUUCGUGGGCAUGCUGUCCAAGAAGUGCUCCGAGAACGAUGUGAGACAACUGUUCGGCCAGUUCGGCGCCAUCGAGGAGUGCACCGUGUUGCGGGACACCAACAACCAAAGCAAAGGUUGCGCCUUCGUCACCUACACGUCCAAGCAGUGCGCCGUGAACGCCAUCAAGGCGAUGCACCACUCGCAGACCAUGGAGGUGAGUGAGGGCUGCUCUUCACCGCUUGUUGUCAAGUUCGCUGAUACCCAAAAGGAGAAAGAUCAGAAGAGACUUCAGCAGAUGCAAGCCAAUUUGUAUAACUUAGCAGGGGUUAACAUGGGACCACAAUACCUGACUGGGGAAUCCCAUUCAGUGUUGGCACCUUCAUCCUUACAACUUCUUCAACAGUUGCAAACCAAUGCACAGGGUCAAAUGUCCCCUCUCUCACUUGGCACGUCUCUUCAGCAGCAGUUGCUUAUGCAGCAGCAACUUCAAUCACCAGGACUGCACAGUUUAGCUGCUCUUCAAAACUCAACAGGAUUGGGUUUGACAGGGUCUUCGCCAAGCGGAGCAAGCGACAUGACCCAGGCGAAUCUGCAGAACCUUGCAACCUUAGCUAAUUUAUCCGUCAGUCCUGGUGUUAAUCCGAUGAGCAUGCAGAAUCUUGUUACAUUGGCAGCGAUGACUAGUGGGAGCAAUCCCAGUUUGCAAGUUUCACCAACAGGAUCCAGUGCUUCUGGACUAAGUAGCCCAGCUCUGUCCAGUCUCACAAACUCGUCUGCAGGUGUGUGGUCACUAACUGGGACUUCUGGAGGAAGUUCAAUGAGUCCAGUCACCAGCCUGGGUCUUACUGGGUCACCUUUAAGUUCAAUGGCUUCACUGAACAGUCUGAAUGCCAUGACAAAUGGCUCAGGGCUUGAUUCAAUAACUUCUGCAUACCAGCAAUAUGCAGAUAUGCUGGUAUCUCCAAACGGCUUCUCUCAAUUUGGUACAAGUAGUUUGGGCUCUGGCAGCACAACAGGAACUGGCAGUGUAGCAGCUUGUUCUUCCUCAGGAAAACAAAUCAUGGGACCAGAAGGAGCCAACUUGUUUAUUUACCACCUUCCGAACGAAUUCACCGAUACCGACCUGGUACAGGCAUUUUUGCCAUUUGGCAAUGUUAUAUCCGCAAAGGUAUACAUUGACCUAGAUACUCACAAAUCGAAAUGCUUUGGCUUUGUUUCGUACGACAACCCUGUGAGUGCUCAAGCAGCGAUAUCAAACAUGCAUGGAUUCCAGAUUGGUGCCAAAAGAUUGAAAGUCCAACAUAAACGCAAGAAGGACAACAACAAGCCCUACUAGGAUCCUUCUUACCAAAGCUGCCGUGAGCUGUGGACCAUCCCUAUCAAAAUAACACAAGCGUUCCUUCGUUCGCUCACGCCUCUGUUCGCUCGCUAACCAUGGUGUACGUACGUAAGUGUGCGUUUGCUUAUUCGGUCAAUCAUUUCUGCAAAACAAGAAAUAGGCAAACACAAAUUGCAGCAAAAGUGUGGACUUUACCUCCUACAUGCUGUUUGGAACUGAAAUUGUACAUAUGAAAAAGUUAAAGAAAUUUAUUCUAUCUAUUUUUCAUUGAGAAAGAUUUUUGUUUAGUUUUAAGUUCUAAUCCUGUUAAGAUUUCACAUAAACAAAUUUGACUGAAAUGUUUGUACUUUGAAAUAGUUGUCGCCUUUUUACAUUGACUCAGAGAUGUCAGGCCUGUAGCCAAGUUAAAUGUUAGUGUAACACUGUAAAGUGACUCCCCACCAAACACUUGCUAAUUCCAUUGUUUGCUCAGUUAGGUCUUGGGAAGUAAUGAUUGAGUAUGCCAAAGUUUGUUUCACUGGAUUCCACUGCUCCUGCUUCUUGCUAUCUUGAUUUUGAGUAAAUUUUCCUCAAGUCUGCCACAAUUUCCUUUUAGUUUCUCCGUUGUGUCUAUACAAAACACGGAUGUUUGUAAUUUUCUUGGUUUGCUGCGCUUUACUUCUUUAUAGCCCAUGUAUUUUUUGUGUUCUUUUCUUUUUUUGAAUAUGUACUUCUGUAGUCAUUUUUUUCUCUUUUUGAGUGGUCUGUCACGCCUAUGGUACAAGUGUGGCAGCAGGUUACGGAUUUCCAGUUUCCUUUCCUUUCUUUAUCCUUUGUUGUUGAAGUGUGAAGAGUCAAUAUUAUUGGUAAUGUAGUCACUGACCUAGCUUAUGAUGGGAUGCAUGUAAACAUGCUCUCUGGAGUGGAGCAGAUGAACCAAAUCAAAGGCUGAUUUAUGUAGACUCUGUGUUUCUUUGUACUUCAUGUUGUGUUGUUUGUUCACAAGUGGUCAUGUCUGCUACACUGUUGUGCAACAGUGUAGUUCCUGAUUUGUGUAUUAAUCUUGUAUCUAAAAAGAGGCUUAGAGAGGGUUAGUUGUUUAGCUCUAAGUCUUGUCCUCUAGUCUUAACAAGGAAAAAUAGAGACCCGAUGGAUUGUCUCAUGCUACAAUGCAACAUUUAUGAUGCAGAGACUCCCGUCCAUGUUACCAUUGUUCUGUCCUGAUCAAUCACUUUUUGAAAGGUUCAUGACCAAAGAUUUGUUUAGUGAGAAUAUGUGUAAUGCAAUGCAAGUCUAUUACUUUUUUUUUCCUCUUCAUGGUAAAAGCUGUCACUCCAUGCAAUGUGCACAAUUCACGUAACUUUGCCUUUUAAACCACCUGAAAAACAUAAAAUAUAAAAAGCAGCCUGGCAAGAAGUACUGUGCAUCUGAGUUAUUUCUUUUGAAAAUAGUUAAGUCACCUCGUUUAGAAUUUUUGUUGUAUUGAUAAUUUGGUAGCUAUUGUAGUAGUCUUGGGUUUCUCGUAUGGAAAAACAAAUUGACUUGCUUACAGUUCUGCACUGUAUGUCGUCAAAGGAACCUUAUUAUUUUUCUUUCGUAGAAUUGUUUAUUAGGUUCAAGUGUUCAUCUGUUUCUGUCUCUAUUUGUACAUUGAUUAUUCAUGUUUUGUUGUUAAAUACUUUUGCCUUGCCCUCUAGCAAGCAAACUCUAGCCAUGCAACUGUGAACUGGUUCAAGUGGUUUUAUAGUGUAGUUUUACAUUGUUGACCCACCAACUCCGCUGUUAACGGAGCAUACCUAAUAUUUUAUUUGAAGUCCAUAUUUAAAACAAAGAAACAGUAUUAACUGUCUGUCGCUUGAAUAAUUUUUGUUUAGUUCAUGUGUGAUGUAUUUCAUGUCAAAAUAUCUAUGGUACUUAACUGUGUUUGGCUUACUGUCUGUUUAAAUUCUAUAUUCAAAUAUAUCUAUCUACUUGAUACAAGUUUUGUACUAUUUGUGAUAUGGAAAUGAAAAGAUUAUAUUUAUUGUUAAAUGGAACAAUAUUUUAUUAGAGACAAGAUUAUGUAAUAAAUUUCAUGUGAGAUGUGUUAAUGAUGUUGAUGUACUUAAAUGUUUGUAUGAAUAAGGAUUAGUGUUUGGUAAAUGUAGUUUUACACUGCUAUCUUCAAUUGGGUGGAAACUGACAAAACUAAGUGAUUAUUCUACUGCUAUGAGUGCCAUUCCAACUGAUUUGAAAUUGAAUCAGUUUUACCUGACAAUGUCUCCUUCUUAAAACUUGAUUGUUGAAAUCUUUUUGCUUAAUUUCAUUUACAACAAAUGAUUUGGAUUUUGCAGUUCCUCUGUUCGACUGAACUUGUAGAAAUAUUUGUCAUUUAUUUACAUAUCUCUCUGCCAAUGUUGCUUAUCGUAACAUUUGUGGUCUGACAGGGGAUGCUAUCACAUAUUUUUGUUUAUUUUUUGCCAACUUGAAAGUGGUUGCUGUUACUACUUUUGCAUUGCUGUCCUUCAGAAUGAGGUUUGAUAACAGUAACGCUUCAUACGGCCUCAGGUUGCUAGUGGAAAAGAAAUGCAUUUGUCAAAUCCAAACCUAUUGUGCAAAUAUGUAAAAGUACUUUUUAUAAUGUGCUCUUGCGGAAGAACAAUUAAGUUCCAAGCAACUCAAAAUAAGUUGACCUUUUAAAGCACUGCAUGUUCAAUAUGCCAAAGACAUUUGGUUUUCAUAUGCACAGAAAGCUCAUAAUUCAAAGUUUGCUGUAUAAAGUGUUUAAGUGACUGAGAAGGAUCAACAUUGUAGUCAGUUAUCAAUAGCAGUGGAUUGUUUAAAGUCCUUUUGAGACAGAGAUUAGCAUGUUCAGAAAAUAUUUGUGAAAUAUUUUUUCCCUUUAGAUGGAAUAUUAAAAUUUCGGUCAGUUUUUGACACGAAAUUCUGUUAUGUGUAGAAGUAAAAUAGCCUUUUGUUAUAAUGUACUUAGUCAAAUUUGUACCAGGAAAAGAAAGUUUUAUUUCCCUGAGAAUUAUUUCAUGUUACAUUAAAAUCAGGCUUAGAGUAUUAAAGAUAUUUUGAAAGUA